UCGACUGGCUGGCUAAUCCAAUCCAUCCAUCCACCCACUCACCCAAAAAAAAUCCCACCCAUCCUCCCUCCUCUCUUUCCUUCGUCUCCGUCGAGAAAUGAAACAAAACCCGUCCACCACCACCUCCUCCUCCUCCUAAACUAACCAAACCAAACCCUAAAAGAACAAGAACUGUCUAUCAUCCAAACAAGGAAUAAAAAAAAGUAAGAAGAGCAAUGCCUCACUUUGUGUUACAAACAGCACAAAUCCCUACUCCCACCACCAAAACAACCUUGUCGUUAAAACCCACCUUUCCGAUUCCUCAGUUAUGUCACCUGCGGAGGAGGGUUCGUAGCAAUCGUAAUCUUGACUUAAAGUGUUCUUCUUCUUCUUCUUCUUGUCCGAUGAUUGAUGGUGGCGGAGAUUCCGUGGUUGCGUUGGAGAGAUGCUUUUCAUCCCCGCCUGCCCCCGUCGUGGGAGAGUUUGGUCCGGUUAUGAAAGGAAAAUUCGGCUCCUUAGGUGCUGUUACUUUGGAGAAAGGCAAACUUGAUAUGUCCCAGAAACAAUCCCAGUCCACUCCUGAGGUUGCUCUUGGGGGAGGUGGUGGAGACAUUGGAAAGCAUAUCAAUCAUGGUGGUGGUGAUGGAGGUGAUGAUGAUGGUGAUGAUGAUGAUUACUUUGAUGACUUCGACGAUGGUGAUGAGGGUGAUGAGGGAGGAUUAUUUAGGAAAAGGAUAUUUCUUGAAGAGCUUUACGAUCGAAAAUUUGUUGAUGCAGUGUUGAAUGAGUGGCACAAAACAAUGAUGGAUCUGCCUGCUGGGUUCCGACAAGCUUAUGAAAUGGGUUUGGUCAGCUCUGCUCAAAUGGUAAAAUUCCUAGCAAUAAAUGCCAGACCAACGACUACUAGGUUUAUAUCCAGAGCACUUCCUCAAGCAAUUUCUAGGGCAUUUAUUGGCAGGAUGAUUGCAGACCCUGCCUUUUUAUAUAGGCUUCUUUUGGAGCAGGCUGCUACAAUUGGUUGCUCUGUUUGGUGGGAGUUGAAAAAUCGCAAGGAUAGGAUAAAACAAGAAUGGGAUCUGGCUCUUAUAAAUGUCCUAACAGUAACAGCAUGCAAUGCCCUUGUUGUUUGGUCGCUUGCUCCUUGUCGUUCUUAUGGAAACACAUUCCAGUUUGAUUUGCAAAAUACAUUGCAGAAGCUUCCAAACAAUAUCUUUGAAAAGAGUUACCCUCUUAGAGAAUUUGACUUGCAGAAGAGAAUCCACUCGUUCUUCUAUAAGGCUGCAGAGUUAUGUAUGGUUGGAUUAACUGCCGGAGCAAUGCAAGGUUCCUUGACAAAUCUUUUGGCCCGUAAAAAGGAUAGGUUAUCUGUGACAAUCCCACCCGCGAGUACCUAUGCUCUUGGUUAUGGUGCUUUCCUUGGACUUUAUGCAAACCUGAGAUACCAGGUAUUAUGUGGAAUUGAUAGAGCAGUGGUCAAUCAUUUUGAUGUCAUUGGAGUGGCAUUGGUUUUCAGCACAGCUUUGAGGAUUUUAAAUGCCCAAGUAGGAGAGACAUCAAGGCUAGCUUGGCUAGGGUUAGAGCCAGAUCCUUUGGUUCAGUCAGAUGACCUUUUGAAGGCUUACAACAGGUCGUCUUCAGGGGAUGCUACCAAGUCAUCUUCUAAAUGGUUUAUCUCUAAGAAAGCUCUAGUUUCCGGGCUCGGGCUCCUUGGCAUAAAACAAGGCAAUGCUGAUUCCAUUAACGGGGAAUCACCAGCACCAAAGGUCCGUAGAAAGAGGGUUGUGCGGAAGAAGGUGUCUGCAGGUGAAGCCUAACGUAGAUUGAUUGAAUUACUGUUGCCUUCCAAUUUUGCUCCCUUCAGGCUUUAGAAACUCGGGCAUGGUUUUGGCCGUAAAAAAUAAGCCAAUAGAAGUUUCACCAUGACUCCCAUAUGCCACUGCAGAGAGACAGAGAGGUGUUUCCAAAUGACACCAGCAUAAGAACCUUUGCGAGGAUUAAUAUUUAGGGGGAAAGGAUGUGUUAUAGAUUCAUGUACUCAUUGUUUUGUUUUUGAUGGCACAGCUUACACUUGUAACACAGCAUUCCAAGCUGUGUAGGCCUGCACUGGUGAUUUCAAUAAAUUGGAAGUUUGAUUCUGAGCC